UUGGCCGCCAUCUUGUUUUUUAGUUGAAAAUAUAAUAUUUUUCUUUCUCAAUUUUGGAGAAUUUUAGUGCCAGCUAAAGGUUUGUAUAAAUGUGAUUUUGUUUUGUCCGAUACGUAGUGGUGAAUACAGAUUACCAUGUUUUUAAUGAAAUAUGCUUUAGAAUCAUUUGUAUGCCAUAUAUUAUAGACUGUAAACAUCAAACUAUAUAAAAUAUUUAAAAAAUAGUGAUGAGUAUGGUAUUAUUGUGCGAACUACCACUGGUUAUUAGUUAUUACUAGUCUCGAAUGCGAUCUGGAAACUUCACAUUUUGCCGUACCCUGAAUAAUUCCUGAAAUAUGCACAUGUCAUCAAAAAUGCACCUCAAGAAUACGCCAUCAAAUUCUUGCAUUCUGUUUGUUCGACUAUUUUUCCCAAGGAAAAUAUCUUUCCUGUACAAAAUAAAACUUCAGUCUGGGGUAUGGUAAACUAUAAAGUACUAAAGUACAUUGUGAUCCAAACUUUGUUACACAGCUAAUUGGCUAUCCACAGGCUUUCAGAAAUUAUUGGGGGGGGCCUCCCCCUCAGUGACUGCUACUGUUUCCAACCCCAUACAUGUAUGUAUUUACAGAAGUGGAAAUUUGUUUUAAUUUUUGACAGAAUAAUGGCUGAACAAAUGCAGUUCAAGGUCGAGACGGCACCAUUCGAUGCAAGGUUCCCAUACACGAACCAAGCACGGAACUGUUGGCAGAACUACUGUGAUUAUUUCAGAUGUAUUGACAGAAAAGGAGAAGAUUUUGAACCCUGUAACUGGUUCAGGAAAAAUUACCUUUCUCUGUGCCCAAGAAAAUGGGUUAGUAUUGAAGUGUUUUGAAAGUUCAAAGUUGACUGAAUUGCUGGCAAAUCCUUGCCUCAAAUUUAGGAACAGUAUCUGUGACCAUUUGCCAUUUAGGUGAAAAAGAGGUGUAGAAAUCUGAGUUACCAUAUUAAAUUUUUCUAAGAACUAACCCUCCCGCCUCAAAUAACCCCCUGCUUCCUCCUAAUACCCCUAUUUUAGAAGAUGAAAAUGUGUCUAUUAAGUCCCCCAUUUCUAUUAACCCCACUCCCCUUAAAGCUGUAUUGGAUAAAAUUAUCAUAUAUUAUGGAUGACCCCCCUACCUGAAAAAAUAAGCCCCCCUUCUUCAUUCAGUCCCUCCCCCCCCCAAAAAAAAAAACCUUCACCCCCAAUGAGGAACUUAAUAGAUGAUUUAUUGAUGUACCAACUUAAUUGUAAUGAUCACCAUGUUUCAUCCCUUUAGGUGGAAGACUGGGAUUCUCAAAGAGACGAGGGGACGUUUGCGGGCAAACUAAAAUGAUUGCCAAUUCCAAAGAACAUUCUAAUAUUUCAUAUGAAAAUAAAACUGCUUAUAUAUUAAGGUUAACUGUGUUAUUUACAAACUGUGUUUAUUUAGUUAUAAAUGUGAACAGAAAAUUUAAAGAAACACAAACAGUAAGAAUAAAGUUCUUUUAAAUCUCUUUACAAUACUGUUUUUAAAUUGGCAAAAGUAGGUCUC